AUGGCUCAGCGUUAUUACUUAUCUUCUCUUUUACUACUUGCAUUUCUCAAUUUAUUCUUCAUUUAUUGCAACAUAACUGGAGCAACUGCACGACACCUUCUAGAGACGCCCCUCCCUGAGAUACCUAAACCAGAACUCCCCAAAGUGCCAGCGUUGCCAAAGCCUGAAAUCCCAACUAUGCCAAAACCUGCUGAGCUUCCAACCAUAUCAAAGCCUGAGAUCCCCGCUGUUCCAAAGCCUGAGCUACCAACUUUCCCGAAGCCCCAGUUACCAACUUUGCCAAAGCCUAAUAUGCCUGAGAUUCCCACAAUGCCAAAACUAGAGUUUCCUCCCUUGAAAAAGUCAGAAAUCCCAGCAGUUCCAAAGACUGAGGUUCCUCCGGCUAUGAAAAAGCCUGAUGUUCCAACUUUACCAAAGCCCGAGCUACCGAGUGUGCCAAAGCCAGAAAUUCCAGAAGUACCAAAGCCAAAUGCCCCCGAGCUUCCAAAGCUAAAAGUCCCAACAAUGCCAAAGCCUGAAAAACCAACUAUGCUGAAGCCUGAAAUCCCAGAUCUACCAAAGCCAAAAGUCCCAGAGCUUCCAAAGAUAAAAGUCCCAACAAUGCCAAAGCCUGAAGUAACAACUAUGCCAAAGCCAGAAAUCCCAGAAUUACCAAGGCCAAAAGUCCCAGAACUUUCGAAGCCAGAAGUACCAACUAUCCCAAAGCCUGAAAUCUCAGAACUACCAAAGCCAAAAGUCCCAGAACUUCCGAAGCUAGAAGUACCAACUAUCCCAAAGCCUGAAAUUCCAGAACUACCAAAGCCAAAAGUCCCAGAACUUCCAAAGCUAAAAGUUCCAACAAUGCCAAAGCCUGAAAUCCCAGAACUGCCUAAACCAACUCUUCCUUCACUUUCUCCACCAUACAAAUCCGCUACUCCUUAA